UCAGUGUGUUCAUAUAUGGCCAGCCAACGCAACAAGUGCCAUUGGAACUCGCUAAAAGAGUUGAUCUCGGUUGUAUUGUCAGUUGUGAAUCGGCCCUCGGACAGACCGUUACGUUACUGAAGCUUAACGGCGUGGCUCGUAUGACUCAUCGACAAUGGACGGAAGAACGGCGAAAACGUUUUGGACUGAUGUGA